AUGUCCUUGACGGCCUGGGCACUCCCCCGUCUGGCCAACAUCAUACCGCUCGACGAGGACUCCCUCAAGCAAAUCCUCGAUUACGCCUGCCAACUGCCCAAGGACGCCGCUGCAACACACCUCAAGGACCUCCUUGGCGAUUCCCCUCAAUCCUUGGAAUUUAUCACCUCAUUUAAUUCACGACGAGAAGCUCCUCAAGCAUCACAAUCUUCUGCCGCUGCCGCUGCCGCCGCCGCUGCUCAAGAUGCAGCAGCUGCAUCAGAGGUCCCUCGCGCACCUCGACGUUCAAAGAAGCAAAAGCAGCCUUUAAACAAGCUUCCUCCUCCUCGACAGGCAAACGAAGGAACAGCCUACGCCAAUGCCAGCUCACCAUCGGGAGCCUACAUCAAACGGGACGUCGAGGACUACAUGAGCGGAGCUGCACGGCGCAAGGAUGCAUCGCCUUCACAGUCCACAAAUGCAUUUGCUCUUUCAGACACCCCAGAAGCUCGACAACUCCCCGUCCCAUCAGCAUCAAGAACACCAGCAACGUCUUCACCUUCUACAUCGGCACACCCGUCCCCGAAAUUACCUCCAUCAGCGGCAGGCCCGCUAAUUUCCUCGACCAAAUCCUCCCGAUCAUCCUCGCCGGCCAAGUCGAAUGCCAAGGCCAAGAUCGCCAUUUCUGGCGGAACCUCAAUGAAGGGGCAGUCUACGACGAUUAACGAUCUCGAUUCCGCAAUUCGCACGCUCGAAAUCCAAACAAACCCAACAUUGUCCAGGGAAGAUAAUGCCCGGCGGCGCUGCAAUUGCAACGCGCACCGUCAUCCUCUGCUUGCCGCCGCACCAAACUGUCUCAACUGUGGAAAGAUAAUAUGCGUCAAGGAGGGCAUCGGACCAUGCACCUUUUGCAGUGCGCCGCUGCUCUCCCCAGACGAGAUCCAAUCCAUGGUCCGAAUCCUGCGCGAAGAGCGAGGCCACGAGAAAAUGGAAGCGAACAAUGCACUGCAUCGACGCGCGGACGUGUCAACUACACCUAGACCCUUCUCUGGGGUCAAUUCGACCGAAGCCGAAAAGAAGUUGGCCGCUGCAAAGCAGCACCGUGACAAGCUCCUCUCGUUCCAGGCCCAAAAUGCACGACGUACCCACAUCAUUGACGAGGCCGCCGAUUUCGAAACCCCCUCCGCGGGUCAGAACAUGUGGGCCAGCCCUCAGGAACGCGCCCUUCAGCUGAAGCGGCAGCAACACGUUCUUCGGGAACUUCAAUGGAACGCCAAACCCGAGUACGAGAAGCGCCGGGUCGUCGUAUCCGUUGACUUGGUUGGCGGCAAGAUCGUCAAGCGUAUGGGCGAGAUUGAACGGCCUGAAGACCCUCUGUCGGAUCUGUCCGAUAGUGAGCAAGAAGAUGAAGAAGACGACGACUACACCUUUAUUACUGCGAAUGAUAGCUCCUCCUCCUCCGCUCAAAGACCGUCCGGCGGUGCUUUUGGCCGUAACCCUCUUCUCGGCAGCGUGAUUCGCCCCGUCUACAAGCCUGCCAAGGAAAAGGGCAAGCUCACAGAGCCGAGUGGCGCUGGCUCUGACGCAGCGAACGGGUCUUCUGAAGCGAAUGAGGACCAAGAGAAUCACCCUAGAAAGAGCAUCUGGCGCCGCGUCCAAGACGACAAGGAUGACAACGAGGAAGUCAUUCUCGACGGCGGCGUCUACGGUGGCCGAUAUGCGAAUCCUACUCUCGGCGAAGAAGAGCACGCAUAUGGAUGA